AUGGGCACUGAGUACUUCGCAUCACAAUCGGAAUUCGCUAGCGGGGCAUACCCCUCAUCCACCUCCUACUCGUCCACCUCAGAUGGGAUUUUAUGCUACGAGCAGGACCCACGUAGCAGCGCUUAUUCCAGUCUGAUUCGGCAGCAGAAUACUACUACUAGUGGGGUGUACUGGGGUGAGACAGACCUCUAUCAGAAUAGCGGAGGUUAUCACUUCGAGGCGUCACCUGCAUACCACUUUACUGGCUUCCCUUCUUAUGGGUACUCCACCUCCUCUGGUGCUGUCUCCACUUCCAGUUCGACUAGCGCCUACCAUCAUCAGGGAGUUUGGUCAGGCACUGCUUACCACUAUGGAAGAACUGGGGGACCAUCACAGCCCUCAAUGUUCUAUACUACAAGAGCGAGACGAAUGCGACCCCACGGGGCUGUGGGAAGGAUAGAGGGGAGUACUGAAGGAGGAGGAGAGAGGAGUAAGGUAUAUAGGUCGCCACCGCCUCAGCCACCACCACUACCGCCACAAUCUUCUUCAAACUCAACUAGGUUGUCACAGGGAUCACCGACGGUUCAGUGGAGGCCUCAAGGCUCAGGACAGAUUCAGCUGUGGCAGUUUCUGUUGGAGUUGUUGGCGGAUAGUCGCAACUUGGCCUGUAUUACGUGGGAGGGCACCAAUGGCGAGUUUAAGCUCGUCAAUCCCGACGACGUGGCGCGUCGAUGGGGUGAACGCAAAUCGAAGCCCAACAUGAAUUACGACAAGCUGAGUCGUGCCCUCCGCUACUACUACGAUAAGAAUAUCAUGAGCAAGGUUCAUGGAAAGCGCUACGCCUACAAAUUUGAUUUCACCGGUCUGGCUCAAGCCAUUCAACCGUCCACUUGCGACGCUACCACUACCGCCGCCGCCAACGCUGCUUCCGCCGUCUCCCUCGGUCUCUCCACCUUCAGAGGCACCGAAGGCUCCCUCUGCUUUCCUCGCGAGUCUAAUCCAAACGAAAACCAACAACAACAGCAGCAGCAGCAACGAAAGAACAACUCCAAACGACCUCAUGAACCCUCUCCACCUCUACCACCACCAUCGCUCCAAACCGUUCGAGAUUUUGAGGAUUGUGGAGCCAAACGCCAUCACCAACAUUCCACUGCUACGGGCUACCCUACGUCACAACAGUUUCUCGCUGCGCGGGCUGCAGCUGCUGCCGCUGCCUGUUUCUUUCCAGAAGUGCAUCACAAUCACAACCACCAACAACACCACAGUGGGGGAGGGUCGGUGUCAGUGACUUGCUACGAGGGAGCAGAAGCCUACCUGUCCCAGCCGCAUGGAGGCUACACCAACGCCGCCCCGGCUUCCUCGCCCGGCGGCGCCUCCUCGUCAUAUCAGGCCAAUCCCUUUGUUAUGACAACGGUGGGGUAUAAUGUGGAGAGUCUGACCAAUGGCGCAGUGAGGCGGACACCCAAAUAA